AUGGCAAACUUAAUAUUCCCCUAUGCAAGCCCUUUGAUCACAACUUCCGUUACCAUCCUUCUCCUUGCUCUUCUUUGUUGCACCACACGCACGAUCGGCAUCCAAUUCGAUCCGAUAACUUCAUCGACGUCCUCGCCACCGUCGUCGUUCGUCCAGACAAAAAAUGCCCAGUUCGUCCUCAACGGUGCGCCGUUCCUCUUCAACGGAUUCAACUCCUACUGGAUGAUGACGGUGGCGGCUCAGGUGGAUCAGAGGCACAAGGUGACGGAGGUGUUCGAUCAGGCCAGGGCCGCGGGCCUCACCGUCUGCCGGACGUGGGCUUUUAGCGACGGAACGGGUGAUCAAGCGCUUCAGAUAACUCCCGGUCUUUAUAGCGAGGCUGUGUUUCAGGGGCUGGACUUUGUGAUCUCGGAAGCAAAAAAGCGUGGCAUUCGGUUGAUCCUCACACUAACCAACAACUACAAAGACUUUGGAGGAAGACAGCAAUAUGUUGCAUGGGCACGAACCCUGGGCGUCCCGGGGGUGGGCGGUGAUGACGAUUUCUACACUCACCCUGUCUUAAAAUGGUACUACAAGAACCAUAUCGCGAGGGUGUUGACGAGGAUCAACACGAUCACCGGAACAGCUUAUAAGGACGACCCCACGAUCAUGGCGUGGGAGCUGAUCAACGAGCCGCGCUGCGAGAUUGAUUCCUCCGGCGAUACAAUCACGGGGUGGGUUCAGGAGAUGGGGUCGUACCUGAAACUAAUCGACAACAAGCACUUGCUGGCCGUAGGAAUGGAAGGCUUCUAUGGAGAUUCCACUCCUGACAGGAAGCAAUUCAACCCUGGCUACCAAGUUGGUACGGAUUUCAUCACCAGCAACCUCCUCGAAUCCAUCGAUUUCGCCACCAUUCAUGCCUACCCUGAUGCAUGGCUGGCAGGGCAGAGUAGGUACGAGCAAAUGACAUUCUUACAGAAAUGGAUGAGCAGCCACCUGACCGACUCGCGGACGAUACUGAGAAAGCCACUGGUGUUUGCCGAGUUCGGCCUCUCCAACAAGGCCACCGGCUACGCCAACCUCGGCAGGGACUUGUUCUUGAACGCUGUCUAUGGCACCAUAUUCGGCUCCGCCAGGUACGGCGGCACCAUCGGCGGCGGGUUGGUGUGGCAGCUGUUGGCCGACGGGAUGGACUCUUACAACGACGGCUACGAGAUUGUUCUGUCGCAGUGUCCAUCUACCAGCUUCCUCAUUGGGUUACAGUCUAGGAGGAUGUCUGCUCUUCAACAUGUGUUGGCCGGAGCUUAGGGGCUACAGUAUAAAUAAACUAUAUAUUCGAUCGGUUUAAUAAUUAAUUAACCGUAGUGCAU